AUGGCAAAUAAUAAAAUCUAUAGUCUUAACCUCCGUAUUCAUGAUAGCCAAAAUGAUAAUGAAAUAUUUGUAAUCGAGAUUUCUAGAGAAAAAAAGGUCGACUCGCUCAAGCCUAUCGUAAAGAAACGGUUGGCGCCUCUCUUUGAUCAUAUUCCUUCCACACAAAUCGAUCUUUGUAUGAACCACCUUCAGGGUGAAAGAAGUAUGCAACCAACAGCUUCGAUUUCUAAUUAUUUUCAAGUGAUUCCUGGUCCAAAUGAUAUUCAUAUUUUCGUAUCCCCUCCCCCACCCAAUAAUGAAUAG